UCUUGGCCAACAUUUUAAAAACUUGUAGAAAGUCGUAAAAACGUUAAAAUCUAGCUUUGACACUUGUUCAAGUAUAUCCAGUAAUAUUUCCUUAUUUAUUCCAUAAACUAUCCUUGUCUUGCCGAACUAAUUUCAGGCCAGGAACACUUCCAAACGACAGCUAUCAAUUCGUGUAAAGUCCACUGAAUCUGCUGUCAUCUAAUGAUCAAGAAAAACUCCUCUGAGAUUUAAAUCUGAAAACCUUUAAAUUAUCUCAUUCACUUUCCCCCUCCCAUCCAACGGUGACCUUUUGUCGACCAUUGCGUACUCCCCCGACAAUCCACGCAAUCAAACAGCCCGCCCUUGCUGCAGUAAACGACACCAACGAACAACAGCCAUCAACACACGGGUUUAAAAUCACUUCUUUCCUCAAAAUUGUGUUACUGACUUGUGUGGUCUAAGCAGGAUAAAUUUUGGAAGAGGAUUUGGGGUAUUGGAGUUUUCCAUUCUGUGUACAGAAGAAAGGUGAUGAACAUGACUGAUUUUGGUGGUGGACAAAAUCGGUCUCAGGCUGAUGAUGCCAGGACAAACCUUAUUGUUAACUAUUUACCACAAAAUAUGACUGAGAAGGAACUUUACAGCAUGUUUGUUACUAUUGGUCCUGUUGAAAGUUGUCGUGUUAUGAAGGACUUUAAGACUGGCUACAGCUACGGAUUUGGGUUUGUGAACUAUUCCAAGGCUGAAGAUGCUGCCCAUGCUAUUUCCACCUUGAAUGGUCUACAAGUACAAAAUAAGCGUUUGAAAGUAUCAUUUGCAAGACCCUCAGGAGAGGACAUCAAAGAAACUAAUCUCUAUGUAACAAACCUUCCAAAGAAUGUUACAGAAGGGCAGUUAGAAGUUUUGUUUGGUAAAUUUGGUACAAUUGUGCAGAAAAAUCUGUUAAAAGACAAAAUUACAGGAUUGCCACGAGGAGUAGCUUUUGUAAGAUUUGACAGAAAAGAAGAAGCUAUGGAUGCAAUCCAACAAAUGAAUGGGGUUAUCCCUGAAGGCGGGACUGAGCCCCUGCAAGUGAAAAUAGCAGAAGAGCACGGCAAGCAAAAGGCUGCCUAUUAUGCAGGUUGGCAAGCCGGCUACACUCAAAGUAGAGGAAUGCCAGUUUCGGUCGUGGGCAACCGAGGGCGCGGACGGGGAGGCCGAGGGGGUACCAGUACCACUGUUAACACAUUUGGUCAAGGCGCUCAAACCUAUGGAGCCAUACGCCAGGACAAACUUCAGCAUCGAUACAAUCCUAUUGGUAUGGGCGGAGGGUAUAACAUGUACAACUGGAACUGAUAAACUUCAAGAAAGAAAGAAUCAGGAAGAAAAACUUUGCAUCAAGUGUCACAUUUCUCCUGGUGCGUCUUCCUCUAAAUGGUGAUAAUAAGAAACUAUUAAAGUUAUCAAGUUGGCCUGACAUUGGUUUGCUGAUGUAAUUAUCUUUUACCUUACUUGGAUGUGAGUAUGUAUGCAUGUUUGUGUGUUCUUACGUGCGAGUGUGACUGUAUGUUUGGGAGCGCUUGUGCGCCUAGUUGUGAGUGUUGUGGUGAAGAAGGGUAUCCUAGGCUUCUCAUAAUGCAAAGUCUACUAUUAAGAAAUAUCUGUUGUCCAGAAAUAUCUACCUUCACUUACUUUCUCACAAGCCUUUCUCAUCAUUGAGCAUGGCUUAUUGUGUGGCAUGUUUCACUGGUAUAAUAUUUAUUAUCAAGUUAUUGCAUUUUGACACAUCUUCCAGAAAAAUGAAUUUACAAGCCCAAUUGCUGGUGUCUUGGGUAGUGGCAAGAUUGUAAAUCUUGUGCUGAAUGGAAUGAGCCCAAAGUAGGUCAUCAUUUUAUUGUAAUUCUCAUUACCUUCAAAUUAAACGAAAUACUUAAUGUGUUUAAAACAUUGAUUACAAAUGACUUCUUGAUGCAUUGCUUCGGCCAGGAAAGUACCGUGUUCAAUAGCUGCUGCCACCUCAGCAACAGUUCACUUGAUAUUGUAUACUAUGUCAAAACAUUUAAACCAUGCAUCUAUGAAAUUUAAAGAUCCAGUUUCAACACUAAGUACGUUGUUGUUUGAGGGUUAUAUUUAAUGUGUAUAUUGUGAUUUCUUGAGAGCUUGAGGUUGUAAUGUUAAGUCAAUUACUGAAUGUAAAACCUUCAAGGUAGUAAAUUUUUGUGUGCAUCUUUUGUUUAUUGAGCUUAUCUGUACUUGGCAUUUGGUUUUGGUCAAUGAGGGUUUAACAUUCCUCCUUUAUGUCUUGUACUUUUUAAAUCUUUUGGCACAGAAAUUGCGUACAGAGGAAUACUAUAAAAGUCACUAGUGUAAUCAGCCUAAAAAAAUUAGUUAUGACUUACCUAAAUGUUAUUUACAGAUUCUUUCUACGUAAGCCAGAAAUAACAUAUGAAGUUUGGCUGCUCCUAGCUUAAAAUUAAAACUCCCUUUUAAUCAUCAUUGUUACCUCUUUUCUUCAGCUAGAAAACAAGUCAUUGUAUGGCUUUGUUCCUUAUUGCUGUUUUAUACCGUUGUUAAUACCUUUUUAUAAUUUGUUGAAACGAAUGUAGAGCUCAUCCACAAUUUGUGAAAACAAGCACAGAUUUUAUAUACCCUAGGUAGUACAAAAGAAAAGCACAAAUUGACAGCUAAUGUUGUAGAUUAUUGGUUUUUGUUUCCCUAUCAAAAGUGUUAAAUCAAGCAUGAUGUAUUGUACUGUUUGAGCAGAACAAAUUUUUCAUUACGUUUUUGUGAUGCACCCAAUGCGAAUUUUGUUUCAACUUUUGUAAAGCUCACUGAUUUGUGUUAGUUGCAAAAAAAUUUAUAUUGUAGCAUUCCGUUAACAAUUUUGUCCUUAAAAGAAGCUGAAACUGGCACAUUCCUUUAGAAUGAAUUGUUUGGCUAGUAGAGGGUGGGGAGGACUGCUACAAAAUUAUCAAGAGAGUUUUUCUACAACAAACCAGGAAAUUUAUGAGUUUUCUAAUGUAUUCUCUUGUUCUUCAUGGAAGACAAACAAAUUAUUUAGGUUAGUUGUUGUUGACUCUGCUCUCUUCUUUCCAAUGUUUUUUGUUAUUGUUCAUGUUUUGCUUCAAUUCAAUUUAAAGAUAAAGAAAUCAACACAGUUGUACCUUUGAAUUGUUUUAAUUCUAUUUUAAGAUUCAGAUCUUCAACCAGCCUCUUGCUAUAAUUUCUGUUCCUUCCCAUUCAAAGAAGUAAGAAUUCAAAAAAUUCCUGCUUGUCACUUCACAGCAGGCUUGAACAGUAAUGACCUAUUUCCAUAUGAUAAUGCAAACUAUAUGAUACUCAUUCUUUGCAACAUUGUCUACUUCUCCCCUCUUGUGGAAUCUCCCGGUUUCCUUUUGAGACGUGACUGAAAAAAAAUCCCUCUAACAUCCUACUCAACAGGUCUUUAUGAAGCAAUCAUUUAUUAACAGGCUGUGAUGUUUGCAAUUAAAUAUAACACUACAGUAUUGCAAAUGUUUAGCUUAUCCACUGACAUGAGUGGGCACUAAUAUCUGGGAGAAACUAUUGUAAGUGCACCCUAGUUCAAUUGUUGUUGUUAAAUAAUGUUAUUGUUGUAUUAAAGUGUAUCUCAGAUUUUGAAGAAAAUGAAAAAAUGUAGGUUUGAUGUUAAGUGUAUGGACUUGCAUACACACACUUUCUCUUAUGGAUCUGUGUUUCUGUUCGACUGAAGGAGAAAAAUUUCUAACAGUAGUUGAAAGAAUUCUGUAUUAUUGUUAAACUGAGAGCAACAUUUAUUGCCUCUUGAUGUUAAUGGUUGUGUAAUUUAUAACUGCUUCACUUUAUGUUUGAGUAGCCUUUGUAGGAAAAAUUAAUUUGUCCUGUUCUAUCAUUGGUCAAAAAAGUUCAAAGAACAAAAUUAAGGUAAAUUAAUGGGGUGUAUAACAGUUGCUUCCUUCACGGCUUCCCACUCUUUUCUCAUCCUUAUGAUGGAAUAAGGUAACUUCAUAAGUGUUACACCAAAUCAUCUUGGCUCUGUAAAAAAUCUAAAUGUGAAAAUGUUGAUCAUUUCUUGAUGUUAUUGUGGGCUUACCAUAGGGCAUGCUUAUGUUACUUCAAUUGUUCAUUAAGCAAGUGGAGUUGGUGUUUAAGUGUUUCAUUAACUUUUCAAGUGCUAUAAUAGUCAAAGAUCUAUUAAUAUAAAUCUGUUGAGGUGCUGUACUAGAUAAAUCUACACCGAUUAUAAUGGUUGUUAAAUGAAAUUUUAUAGUGUCCUUAUACUAUUUCAUUAUUUACUUCAGAUAUUUAAGGCCCUGCUUGGUCACUCACUUAUGUCUUAAUUAUGAGAGGGAUAUUGAAUGACUUUAUCAAAAAUCAGUUGUAUGCUAUUGAUUUGUGAUUUACUAUGUUAUCUAAGCCUAAUUAGUGUCAUCAUCAUCAUAAUCAUACCUCUCGACAGUAAUUACUGUCUCUUUUUUCGUCGCUAAGUGGACUCAGUGUUUGAUUGUUCAAUUUAAUCAUCACAUUGACUUUCUUGUUCUAUUUUAAUCCAAUUUUAAUCCUGUACAACAACAGCACAUUUGUGUGAGCUAGCUGGCGUUUACUGCACUACAUCAUUGUUCUGCGUCCUUGGGUGGCGAGUCUCAGCUCAAUAGAAAUUAAGCUCCACUGUCUCAACAUUUCAACAUGAUGUGCCUUAGGUUUCAGUUACUAGCAGUAUUUUUUUUCCCCAGUUUUUCCUUCUGCCUUUUUACCCUCAUCAUAUGGGCAUUUGAGUGCUCUUUGGACUGAAAGCUACUUUUCUUUGUUUUUAAAUCCCCUCAAAAUGUUUUGUAGUAUCCUUCAAGAUCAGCUGAGAGUCAGUCACGCUAGUUAAAGGUGUACUAAAUUGGUACCAAAAAAAAUGCAAAGGAGUCUUCUCACCAGUUCUCAUAAUGUCUUCACAUUACGUUCUGAAUCAUUGUUAUUUAAGCUUAGUGUCAUUCAGGUCUCUCUUCACUGAGGGUGUUUGUUGAAGAAAGAAAUGAAUGUGGAUCGCUCAUGAGUACUACGUAUAUUCAUGAAAAAUAUCAUCCUGAUGUCCUCAAAACUUACUUCCACUGAUGAAGUGGAUGUUGUUUUCAAGAACAGAAGUACAAAUGAACAACAUACUUGUUAAAUGCUGUACUGUUGUUAAAUAUUUAUGAAUGAAUGAUUACAAACUUCUCAAAGUCAA